AGUUACGGAAUAAUUAGAAAUAAAUCGUUGAAAAACGGCGUUUUUUUCUGAAAGAGAAAGUAAAAAAAGAGAAGUCCAAGAAGGCGGAAAACACACACGAGGAGGGCGAAGUGUUCUCCGCCAUUGAUUGCUAAUUCCACAUAACUAAAUAAUUUUCCUGUUGGUCAUGUACAUUUCGGUGGUGGGGUUUAUGAAAAAAAGUUACGGAAUAAUAGAAAAUAAAUCAUUUAAAAAUAAAAAGAUUUUCUGACUACAAGAUGGGGGGGGGGGGACUAUCCCCGUGGGGCGUGGUUCACUGUUAAUUACUCAUUAAAUAACGUAUUUGUCUGGUUAAUAUGCAAUGUGUUUUUAAAAAUUAAACAAUACUUAGACUAAUUUCCUACUUGUUUAAGUGAAGAUGUUUCUUUUCUGUUUUCUUUCAGAAAUGACUCGUACUCAGGCAACCUCCAUCUGCCCUCUCUGCCUGAAUGACUACAAAGCGCUAUCGCAACAUUUAAAGAGAGCGCACUUUGUGUUAAAUAUUGACGAGCGGAGGCUGCUCCUCAACCUGGCCUCCAGACGGGUCAACAUCCGCUCGGGCCCUUGUCCAGUCUCGGGCUGCAAAUACCACAGCUCCAGACUGGACAAGCACCUCCAGGAUGGCCACCCGGAGAUGAGCCCAAGCCACAUGUUCAAUGAGCAGCAAGCGGCCAGGAGGGCGGUGACGGUCGAGCUUCUCGGCCACCUGAGGGCCACAAACCCUCAGGUGGCCAUGGUCUCGUCUCUCGACGUGGACCAGAGGGACCCCGAGGAGCCGCAGGGGGUCGAUGAGGUCGACCCGGGGGCGGUCUGCCUCAGGCCAGACUGCAUGACCGAGAGGGCGGAGCUCCUGGUGGCAACUGCUACCAUCGAGAGGAAGGAGAGGGAGUCUCUCGUUCUUCUGAAACAAGUCACGGUGCAGGCCAGACAAUUGUGCCUCUACCAGAAGGUCGUGAGAGAGAUGAAGGAAGGUGCAGCUGGCAGCCGGGGAGAGGAGAAGGAGAUGGAGGUGGAUGAGGAGGUGGAGGAGCCGGUGGAGAAUGAGGUUGAGGAGCGGGUGGAAGUGGAGAAUGAGGUGGAGGAGCGGGUAGAGGAGGAGGAGAAUGAGGUGGAAGAGUGGAAGUGA